GGACUGUUUUUUGACCGUAGAAGAAGACUGGGCUCCUCCAGGAAGAAAACAAACACAUGUCUGAAAGUCUCUGACGUCUGAGUGCAGACAUGACGAGGUGGGCGAGAGCCAACAACGUCCAUAAAAACAAGCCGGCUGAGGCCACUCCAUGGAGUCAGCUGAGAGGAGGAGGAGGAGCAGGAGGAGCAAGAGGAGGAGCAGGAGGAGGAGCAGCUCCUCACAGGGACCGUCUGAGAGGGACGCAGCCCGGAGGAUCAGCUGUGAAAAAACCAAACCGCCCUAAAAAAGAGUACGUCAGCGAGGACGUCAACGGCUUCCUGGAGUUCCUGCAGCAGAGCGGACAGGCGCCGCCCCGGGGGGGGAGAGGGGGGAGGGAGGAGGAGCGGGAGCUGCGGGAGGAGGUGGAGACGGCCCUGAAAAAAGACAGAAGACGAGAGGACAGGAGGAUUAAGAGACAGAAGGACAAGAAGAACAACAUGCUGUGUUUUAACUGCAGGAAGCCGGGUCACGGUCUGGCCGACUGUCCAGAGGCGGACCGAGACGAGGAGAUGGGCCGAGGCAUCUGUUACCGCUGCGGCUCCACCGAGCACGAAAUCCAGAAAUGUCGAGCGAAAGUGGACCCGGCUCUGGGUGAACACCCGUUCGCAAAGUGCUUCAUCUGUGGUCAGACGGGACAUUUGUCUCGGAGCUGCCCCGAUAAUCCCAAAGGACUUUAUGCACAAGGAGGUUGCUGUCGUGUUUGUGGUUCGGUGGAACAUUUUCAGAAGGACUGUCCGGAGCAUCAGGCUGCGACUCACUCGGUGACUGUCCCCUGGUUGUCCAACAACAUGAGUGCAGACUUUGAGGACGUCCACGUCCCGGUGAAGAAAGUCAAACCCAAACAGACAAAGGUGGUGAAGUUCUGAUUCGUGACUGCGACUCUGUUUCUCUCUCUGAUGUUUGGACUUACGAGCGCUCACGUUACUGCGGCGAAACGUUUUGUCCGACGCGUCCUGAUUCUGUCUGUUUAUAUUUAAAAAAACUCUAAGUAAAGUCCCGCUUCUGUACAUUCACAGCGUUUCUUUGCUCUGCAACACUUUCAUUAUCAAGAUAAAAUAUUGUUUAAAAAAGAUAA